AACAAAUAAUAAUCAAAUUAAUAACGAAAAUGGAGUUGCUGAAACUCUUCAAAUUCAAGCUCCAGCUUCGAGCUCUCGUCACGGAAUCUCGAGAUCUCAGGGUAAGAAUUCUCCGCCUUCCAGGUUCCUCUCUUUAUCUCUCUCACCGCUUUCAGAGUUCCAGUCUUUUAUAAAAGAGGGAGCGAUCAGCGACGGAACAAAUCCAUCUUUUAUUUCAGAAACAAAAGCAUACGGAGGAGGAAUUCAGUCGAAAGUUGCAGGAAUUGCAAGCGGAAUCAGCUUCGUGUAAUGAUUUGCGAGAAAAGCUCGAAAGGAAGGAGGCUAGCUACCUACAAAACGAUAAUGCUUUGCUCGAAAACAAGCAAAAGGAGAUGAAAGGAACUACUAAUGGCUUGCUUCAGUCCAGGGAUGAUCUUAUAAAUGCUUAUCAGGAUUACAAAUCAUAACUUAAUAAUAGUUGCAAUGUUUCAACUCGUUGUGCUUCAAUGGCAAAGAACAAAAUGGAUCAGGUCCCCACGUUUGAGAAAGUGUCCGUAGGCUGGAAGUUUUGCUGUUAUUUUGCACGCGAUCCAGAAUGCUGUUACCUUAACUUAAGGUUCUAUUCACUGAUUUUGAUUUUGUUUUAUAGUCCAAUCAUGAAUGCGUCAUUAUUGUCUCCUGCCAGUUUUUGGUUAGCAAUGAAUCUUUUGCAGUCUGGUACGUUCUUUUUCUCUAAUGGAGAGAUGCCAGAAGGCCACUUCUUGUUUUUCCCUUCGGAGAGAAAAACAGAUUUCAUUUUUAGUCAUUCUGGAUAAGAGGAAAAUCUUCUAUUAGUUAUCAUAUGAAAAUCUGGUAGUAGUUGCAUCAAAAUCUAUUUUCUUCUCGUUAGCAGUAGUAGCAUGCAGGAAAGUUUUUGUGACCUCAAAUUUACCCAGCAAUCAUGCUUGAUUGAAGCGAAUUGAGAUAUUGAUAAACCAGAUCUUAGAAUUGAUCCAAGAAAUAUACACGAUGUAUUUAACAAUGACCAAAAAAGGCAUUCAUACUGAUUUUACUUUAUUAUUUGUGAAAUUGGGAAAUCAGCUCCGCCUCUGUGCUAGGAGUACAACUCAAUUAAAAUCCCUCUCAAGUGAACAAAAAUCUCAACUCCUCUGGGUUAGAGCAAUUUGGUCACAGGUCAUGUUUUCUUCUCCACCAUCAGCUUGCUCUCAGCUUCAUUUGACUGCAAAUGUUCCUCACAUCUCAGCAAACAAUGGAAUGGAUGACUGUGAAAUGUCAACACUACAGCUUGAUUCAGAAUGCUCAACAACCCAUCAAUGUUGAAGCAUCAGAAGAUCCAUGAGCAGAGGCUUAAUUAUGUAUUGGUACCACCGUUUCAAGAAGGAAUUUUGAACUGGAAACUUUUGAGGUAAGCUUGUUGGAAUUUUUAUGUUUCCUCCCAAAUUUGUCAAUGCCUUAGUUUGAGAUAUCUGUUGUUCUAGUCUAGUACUAAAAAUAUAGUAGGUCGGACUGGACCUUGUGGAGGAACCCAUUCUGCUUAUAUGUGGGCUGGAUAACGGGUACAGAGUGCAGACACUCCUAAGGAAGGGAGAGGAAAAAUUAAGAAACUUCAGUGAAGGUCAUGAAACUUUGGCUCGGUCUCAUUCAUUAGCCAGACUUAACUAGGCCGCCUUUUUAGUCCUUCUGUUAUAAAGUUUAUAUAUAGAG